AUGCCCUGGCUGGGCAUGGCGAGAGGACGCGAUGACCGGGCCACACGACACCGUGACGACGGCGAAUAUCUCGACGAACGAGAGCGGAGGCACCGGCGCCGCCACAAAUCUCGCGACCACGACGACGAACCCACAGCUUCCACACGCGAAAGGAGAGAGCGCCGACGGGCAGAGGAGGCAAGGAGACAGGCCGAGGUCGACAUUGAGGAUAUUAGAGCGCGCAGAGAGUCCUACUACUCACGCAACGAGGCUGAGAAGAGGCGCGACCGCGAUCGCGUGGUAUCAGACAGCAAACGCACACCGGCUAAGGAAAAGCCACGGAGCAGCCGUGAGAAGGAGGUGCGACGGGACAGCACGCGGAAGCCCAAGAGAGCAGUGAUACCUGAUGACCAUGACGACUUCGUCUUUGGCCGCCCCAAGUCCAUGGGUCACGUUGAGGAAGUCCCUGUGCGACGAGCAUCUGGGCGCAAGCGAAGCGAGGAAGGCGGCUCUUCUAGCAGGACUGCCUACACUCCGCAUUCAGGUUCUGGAUCUGCGUCAGUCCGCAGGGUCGAAGUUCCGCCAUUGACCAGAGAACGAGAGCCCAGGCCGACAGUACGACGCAGCAACACGGUCAAGUCGCCUCCCCCAACGCCACUCACCAGGACGCAGUCGGUCAAGGAUGCUGCCCGUCGGAGCACCGGGGGCAUCUUGUCAAGCUUCUUCUCCAAGGCGGCGCCUCCAGUUUCGCGAACGCCUUCGCGCAAGGCUGAAGAGAAAACGGUCGACUGUCUCGUGUGCAUGAACGAUGACCUACCCAUCACCAAGACCGUCAAGCUCGCAUGUGGCCAUCGCAUGUGCUACUCGUGCCUCAAGCGCCAAUUCACCCUUUCCGUAAAGGACCCUGCUCACAUGCCACCACGAUGCUGCACCUCAGAGCACAUCCCAUUGAAGUAUGCCGACCGCCUCUUCGAUGACAAGUUCAAGGUCCAAUGGAACAGGAAGUUCCAAGAGUACACGACUGCCAACCGCCUAUACUGCCCCACGAAAGGGUGUGGCCAGUGGAUCAAGCCUUCCAAGAUCAAGAUGGACCCGACAUACGGACGCAAGUACGCACGCUGCAGCACGUGCAACACCAAGGUCUGCGUACUCUGCAACAGCAAGUUCCACACGAAGCGCGAAUGCCCCAAGGACGAGGAGACCAACCGCCUGGUAGAGAUGGCCAAGGAGAAGGGCUGGCAACGAUGCUACAGCUGCAAGGCUGUAGUCGAGCUGAAGGAAGGUUGCAAUCACAUGACCUGCUGCCCCUGGUUCAACUACCAACACAUCCCCGACGGCGACCAGCUCAACGACAUGCGCGUCCCCUACCCGCAACAAGCCCGCUACGCCGAUGUUGAAGUCAUUGAAAUCCCCGACGAGCCCUCGCCACCCCUCGCCCGCCGCCCCAGCGUCCGCACCCCACGCAACCGCAGCGAACGCGACCUCCCCCGACCCGAAUCCCGCCGCCUGUCCGCUCACCUCCGCGACUCACUGCACCUCAACCCCACGCCCACCGUCUCCUCCAUCCGCCGCACUGAACCCGAGGUGCAAAUGUACGGCGUCGGCAACGCAGGUGGCCACCACAUGAACGACUCGUACGCCAUCCGCUCCAUGCCCGCAUCUGUUGCGCGCACCGCUGCUCGCACAUCCACUCCACGCACGUCAACCCCACGUGGCGCCUUCUUUACCAGCAGCAGCGUACGCCGUGCUGCGCCCGCGCCUGCCCCCGUUGCCGCCCCUCGCGUCCGACCCGCAUCCACACCUGUUGUCACCUCAUCCACCAUGGCCGGUCUCUCUCGCGACGGCCGCAAGGUCGGCCAGAACCGUGUGGGCACCUGGCUCACUCAUGUCCAAAUCGACCCCGAAGCUACCAACACAGCUGCGCGGGAUGUCGAGGUGGAUGACUGGAGGUGCGAUGGUACCAUGAUUGGUAUCGACUAG